CCGAGGUUCUGAUUAGAAGUAAUCGGCUCGACGGGGGCUAGAGGUUGGAGGCUGGCAGCUAAAUUCGCGACUCGCGAUUGAAUUUUGAAUGUGCUAAGCGGUUAGUUAAAGUGCAGCAACUGUGAAGUGCGGACGUGAGCAUUUUUUGAAUUGCAAAACAUUGAAAUUAUUUGUUAGCACUCCCAACCAAGUGACGUCAGAAAUCAUGAGCUCAUCGUGGCAGCUGCUUAAGCUGACAACGCUGCUGCUCGCACUCUGCGGCACUGGCGAGGCACAGUACAAGACGGCGGGCAUCAAGACUCGCCAGCCAAUACCGGCUUCGGGCAAUCUGCUGCUGUCUAGCAAUGGCACCAGCGAGUUCAACCAGACCCAAUUUAAUUCCCAGACCCAAUAUAGCAAUUAUGGCAGCUAUUCCAACUUUGUGCCUGCCGAGACUUAUCAGGGCGGUGAAGCAUACUCGGGCCACUAUGUCCAGUCGAUGAACCAAGCGACUCGUGCUCCACAGAUUCUGGAUGAGACGGCCCUGUUUAUCAACAAGACCAGAUCGGCUAUGGCCAGUGGCAUAUGCUACAAGGAAGUACCUACCGCCUCAUUGUUGCACGGCUCGCGGGAGAACGCUGUUGGCAAUGGCACCUCGCCGGAUUUAAGCCAGAUUCAGGUGUGCUGCGAAGGCUACGAACGUAAUCCGCAUAUUUAUCGCCGCUGCGAGCCGAUCUGUAAGGAUGACUGUCCUAAUGGCAUUUGCACGGCGCCCAACACCUGCGUCUGCAUGCCAAAGCAUGUGAGGACUGACGAGGGCAAGUGCAUCUCCACCUGCCCCCUGGGCUGUGGCAAUGGUGUCUGCGACGAUCAAAACGAAUGUCGUUGCCGUGAAGGAUACAGCCUAGAUCCCGUUAGCCGUAAAUACUGCCAGCCGCAGUGCAAUCCGGGCUGUGCCAACGGACGCUGUGUGGCGCCCAACAAAUGCGACUGCCUACUGGGCUAUCGCCGUGCUGGCGAUGGCAGCUGUGCUCCCGUCUGUGACCAAUGCGAGAAUGGAAAAUGUGUUGCGCCAGGCCAAUGCGACUGCCGCACCGGCUACGCAAAGGUCGUCGGACGUUGCGAACCCGUUUGCGAACAACCCUGCAGGAAUGGCGGCCGUUGUGUGGCGCCAAAUACAUGCGAAUGUGCGCCCGGCUACGAUUGGGACCAGAAGAGCGGACAAUGUGUGCCGCACUGUGAUAUGCCCUGCUUGAACGGGGUCUGCAUCGGCCAGAACCAGUGCGAGUGCAAGCCGGGCUAUAUACUGGACGAGCAUCAGCGUAAUAUUUGUCAGGCCCACUGCCCGCAGGGCUGCCCCAAUGGCUAUUGUAGUGCGCCAAACUUUUGCAUCUGCAGGCCGGGCUUUAUCAAGAGCGGCAUCAAGGGACGUCAGAGCUGUCAGCCUGUUUAAUCAAUUGCUCCUUUAUUUCUUAUAUAUCUUAACGUUACUCCCAAAUAAAUAUACGCCCAAUCAGUGUAUUGAACUCGUA